AUGGCAAAUGGAAGAGAAAGUAAAAGUCGAUCCCAGGAUCUACUGAUAAUAUUAGAAAAGCAAAGGCUAGAAGAAAAGUAUUGUGACUUCAUAAUCAAAGUUGGAGAUGAGAAAAUCCAUGUUCAUCGAAAUGUUAUUGCAGCAUCUUCAUCCUAUUUUGAUAAAAUGUUGUUUCACAAUAGUAAAGAAAGAAAAGAUGGGUUUGUUGAGCUACAAGAUGUAGAUCCAGAAUCUGUCAAAAAAUGUGUAAAAUUUAUUUAUACCGGAAAAGUGCUGUUUUCCACUAAUUCUCCUGAAUUUCUUAUUCAUGUGUCGGAGCUUUUCAAUCUGACAGAGCUUUCUGGCAUGUAUUUUGAGUAUUUGAUAGAAAAUUUGGAUCUAAGAAACUGUUUUUAUUACAAGGAGUUGGCUCAAAAAUAUCAUCAUGUAAAUUCUCAAAAACAGGUUGAUAAAUACAUUUCUGAGAAUUUUGAUGAAAUGACAUCGACAGAAGAUUUCCAGAAAAAAUCUUUAAGUGAAGUUCAGAAGUAUAUGAAUUCCUUAUCUGGUGCUCAUGGAGAAGGAGAAAUUUUAAAGUGGAAAGCUGCUGUCAAAUGGGUCAAAGCAGACGAGGAAAAUCGUACUUCAAUGUUUCUUCAUCUUCUGCAUAUCAUGAGUCUUGCUGAUUUACCGAAGAAUUUUGUCAACAACCAAGUUCAAACUGAACCUUUAAUGGAAGAAUCUAAGGAUUGUAGAGCAUAUUUGAUAAAUGUGUUAAGUGAGUCUAUUCACACUUUGAAAAAUGAAAAAAAUCAGUUUGAUAUCACUAUUGCACCAGUAACACAAUCAGCUGCAGAAUCUGGUUUCUGUGAGCCAGUUCCUCACAUAGUCUUGUUACCAAAACAUGGUAGAAUGUUGUAUAACAUUAAUUGCCAAACAUCUGAAUUAUCCAGGAUUACAAAAAUACCAAGAGAGUUUGCAGAAGGUCAUAGAGAUGUCGUUUGCAUCGACAAAGAGAUAUACGUUUUGCACAAACAAAGUUUGAUAAAAUAUUCCAGUGGAAUGUGGAAAAAUUUAGCAAAUUUGGAAAGUGAACCGUCAAACUUUAAAUGUGUGACCUGCAACGGUUGUAUAUUUGUGAUUGAGUCUGAAAAACUUUCAAAAUUCAUCCCCGAAACGAAUACUUGGGUUGAGGAAGAAGAGGGCCAUCAUCUAGGGGAAGGGGUCAUGGUCACUGCAUCUCCUGAUCAUAUUUAUGCUUUUGGUGGGAAAGGUACUGAGAAGCAAGCUAGAGAAUUUGAUGGGGAUUGGGACAGGAUUGAUGAUAUGUUGAGUGAACAUUGUAAUGGAGGAGCAGCUGCCUCAUGUUCACCUAUCAAAAUAUUUGCUGUCGGUGGCUUAUUGUUGGGGCGCUCGUUUGAUCAAUAUAUUUCUAUUGAGUUUUAUACUCCCUCUACAAAUCAGUGGACAAAAUUUAGAAAUUCGAAUGAUGUGACGGCAUUCAAUUUAGAGGCAUUCGCGACUGACAACACAUUAUUUGUGAAAAAUAGAGAUUCCAACAAAAUGGUUAAAUUCGAUAUUAAAGCCAAAGAGAUUAGUAAUUCAAUUACUGCAAUGAAGUCUGAUUCUGGUUCACUCUGUUUCAGAUAA